GGAACAAUACUGCCCCCUCCAGGGUGGGCUGACCUCACCUGGGAGCCAGGGAAUGGUUGCCUCAGGCGGAGGGGAGCUCCAGCUGGGUUGAGAUAAGAGCAAAGAAGAGUUGGAAUUGAUGAUUGUCGAGUGGAAUUCAGGAAGGGGAUUUGUAAAGAGAAGAACCGGGAGGAGGAGCAGGUGAUCGAAGGAGGACGAGGAGGAGAGAGAGCAUGGGUCACUCCUCUGUGUGGAUCUUUCUACUGUCCCUUUCUCUCUCCCAUCAAAGUGUCACUGCACAAGUUGAAGCAUGCAGGACGGUGGUGGAUGCAGACAUAGUGUUUCUGGUGGAUGAAUCAUGGAGUGUUGGGCAGACCAGCUUCUCCAAUGUCAAGGACUUCAUCUCAGCCAUUAUCUCCUCCUUUGAGGGGAGUUUGGUGGGACCUGAGGGGGUCCGCUUUGGAGUCACAGUCUUUGGGGAUAUCCCGAGGAUGCGGAUUGCUUUGACGGACUACAGCACACUGGAGGAGGUGCUCAGAGCCAUCAGAGACCUCCCUUAUGAGGGUGGAUCCAGGAGGAUUGGUGAUGCCCUCCAGUUUCUGGUUGACUCUGUGUUCAGCCCGGCCAUCAGUCGAGACCAUGCCCCAAAGAUUGCUGUAAUCAUCACAAACGGACGUUCAGACGACCAGGUUGAUGCAGCAGCCAGCUCGGUAGUUGACAAUGGGAUUUCUCUCUUUGCAGUAGGUGUUAGGGGAGCUGAUGAGUCAGAGCUGAGGAGGAUUGUGUCAGAGCCACGUGAGGAGCAUCUAUUGCUGGGCACUGACUACUCCCUCCUUGAAACCAUCCUUCCCAAACUGUCCCGCAGAGUGUGUUUUACUGCCUCUGAACCACCACGUCCUGUGAAAACUUCCCAGCCUGUUGAAGUGCGUGUGGUGGGUCCAAGAGACCUGCAGGUUAGCGAGUUGGCCCACAGUUCCCUCAGACUGACAUGGACCCAGGCCACGAGCGAUGUCACUGGAUAUCGUCUCCUGGUUACUCCUCUCAGCUCGAAGGGACACCUCCUGUCCCUACAACAGAGACAGAUUGAUCUGAAGGCAGAUGUGAGCACAACUUUGGUGACGGAGCUGAGUCCUAAAACCGACUAUUCCCUCACUGUCUAUGCCAUCUACCCCAACCUCAUAGGAGACUCUGCAACAAUCACUGUCCAGACAACCCCCUUACCUCAGGUGUCAAACUUUCGUGUUAUUGAGGAGGGUUUGUUCUCUCUGCGCCUGGGCUGGACGUCUCCUUUAGGGAAGCUCAACGGAUUCAAGAUCUUCAUCCCAAGAUCCAACCGACCAGGAUUUACUUAUGAGCACCUCCUUCCCGGAGACACAUCUUCUCAUGUGAUUGACAGCCUGGAGGAGGAUAAGAAGUACAUUGUCAGUAUUUAUGCAGUUUACCCCCAGGGACCAAGUGAACCGGUUUCAAUAGUGGGCAAGACACUAAAGCUCGUACAAGUUCAGCAGUUCCUGGUCCAAAACGCCACCACAGACACUGUCCAGGCGAGGUGGGCCUCGGUUAGGGGUGCCACAGGAUACCGUCUGACAUGGGAAUCCCCAGAUGGCCACAUAGAGAACAUAAACCUUGGGGACAACUUUAACUUCUACAUGAUCCAGGGCCUCCACUCAGGCUCUGAGUACACCAUCACCAUCAACCCCAUCUUUGGAGACACAGAGGGACCCAUCACCACCACCAAAGUCAAAACAUUGGAAAGCAGUGCAGUACAAACUUUGAAGGUGUCUGCUGUGAGCACCAGUGCUGCUGUCGUCUCAUGGAACAAUGUCCCAGGAGCCACGGGAUACAGACUGGCCUGGGGACCCACUCCAGAGUUUGCUGGUCGAGAUCGUCCCAGGCAGUUGGCUCUGAAUGGCAGCACCACAGAGUACCAGCUGAAGAAUGUAGCCCAUGAUACUGAGUAUGUCCUGACUCUCUAUGUGCUGUUUGGAUCUGUGGUGGGUCCUGGUAUCUCUGCUACCUUCAAAACUUCUCCGCUGGGCUAUGUGUCCAACUUCAAGGUGACGUCCUACACCAGUACCUCCAUAGAUGUGGAGUGGAGUCCCAUUGUUGGAGCUACUGAGUACAAACUCUCCUGGAAAACAGGUGAUAGCAGCCUUCAGUCCCGUUACCUCGACCGCAAGGUUCUCUUCCAUCGCAUCGAAGACCUGAACCCACAGUCCACCUACACAAUCACCAUCUGUGCAGUGUACGGCAACUCAGAGGGACCAGAAAUCUCCUUAUCUCAGCUCACAGCUGCUGUCUCAGAUUCAGGGCCGAUCCAGGCAGUGAGGGAGGUGAAGGUUUCAGACAUUGGAGUCAACUCAUUCACUCUGUCAUGGAGGAAAACACCAGGGGCAUCUGGGUACAGAAUCACCUGGAUCCCCUUCCUGGGCGGCGAUGAGAAGUCCCACGUGGUUUCUGCUGCUUCCACCACCUUCACCAUCCACAACCUGCGGGAAAGCUCAGCUUAUAAGAUCCAGGUGUCCUCCAUGGUGGGGAAGAGGGAGGGAAGCCCAGUCCUGGUCACUGCACGCACCUUGGAUCUUCCAAAAGUGAAUGGCUUUGCUGCUCUGAACACCACAGACAGCAGCACUGUACUAAACUGGACACGUGUGGCUGGCGUCUCUGGAUAUUUUCUCUCCUGGAGGCACAUCUCAGUGUUGGAGACUAAAACAGAAACUUUGGGCCCUGGUUUCAGCUCCUUUAAGAUCAGUGAUUUACUCUAUGGAAGAACCUAUAUUUUUACUAUUCGACCUCUGUAUGGAGAAGUGGAGGGCCCUAUAAGCACCGUGUAUCAGAGAAUAUUGGGACCGGAUCCUCCAGUGGCAACAGUCCAGUCUGUGCCAGCCACAGUCGCUCCUCAUAUCACGACUGCCUCCAUCACCAAUGCUACCAUCACUCACACAGCCACCAGGACCACCCGGCACCCCAUUGCUGUGCCACCGUCUAAAUCCAUAACCACCAAGAAGCCUCCAGUUCAGCCAAGUGUCAUUGAAGCUGCAAAGGCAGGAGCAACCUCCCCACUGACUGUAGAGACAACUGCUUCACCAAAACCAGUGUGUGGCAGGAGCAAAGCAGACAUAGUAAUCUUAGUGGAUGAGUCUUCCAGCAUUGGUGCUAACAACUUCAUCAAGAUGAAAGACUUCAUAUUCCGGGUGGCUACUUACUUCCCCACCAUUGGUCCUCAGGCCACACAGAUAGCCGUGGUUCAUUACAGCGACGAGCCUCGAAUUGAAUUCCGCCUAAAUGAGUUUAAAGACAGAAACUCUGUGCUCAGGGCGCUCAGAAAUCUACGUUAUGUCGGGGGCAACACCAGAACAGGAAAAGGCAUCAGCUACGUUCUGCAGGAACUGUUCCAGGAAUCUCUGGGAAUGAGGCCGGAUGUGGCCCACGUUCUGGUUCUCAUUACAGAUGGCAGGGCCCAGGAUAAUGUGGUGCCACCCUCCAGAAUUGCACGUGCUCUGGGUGUCAGUGUCCUGGCUGUUGGCGUUUAUAAUGCAGACAUUGAGGAGCUGAAUAAAAUAGCAGCACCCACCACCUACAAAAAUAUCUUCUACUCACCGACCUUUGACGACUUCCCUUCCAUAGAGAGAGAAUUUAUCAAUAGCAUCUGUAGUGAGGAACUCCUCUCCGAGUUUAAACUGCACGAUGAGUCUGCUCAGUUGGACACCCCAACUGAAGACCCAGAGGAGCUGGAUAAACCUCAGGGUCCCUGCUCCUCCCAGUGCCUUAAGGGCCAGAAAGGGGAAAAGGGAGAUGGUUUUGGUCUCGGAGGAUUGAAAUUUAGGCAAAGCCCAGGACAGUUUAAUCCUUUCACUUCUUCCAAAGGAGAAACGGGCGAAAGAGGACCUCCUGGAACAGAUGGUAUACCUGGGUUGCCAGGACGACCAGGAAGAACUGGACCCCCAGGUUCUGCCGGCCAACGGGGUGCUCCAGGCGUUUCAGGUGAUAUGGGUCGACCUGGACUCCCUGGUCCAAAGGGGCAGAGAGGAGAGAGAGGAGAGCCUGGAUAUGUUAUACCUGGCACGGACGCAAACUUUGUUCCUGGACGAAAAGGAGAGCCCGGAUCUUCAGGUCCCCAAGGGCCUCCUGGUGUUUCAGGGGUCAAUGGAGCUCCUGGCCUACCUGGCCAACCAGGACCACCAGGGUCACCAGGAAUAUCUGUUAAGGGAGAUCCAGGGGAGCCGGGUGCCAAAGGUUUACGUGGGAAGCAGGGCGUGAAAGGAGACAAAGGGGAGUCGGGAAUAGAUGGUAUUGCAGGUUUGCCUGGUCCCAUUGGCAUUGAUGGGAUUCCAGGUUUACCGGGUCAGAAAGGAGAGAAGGGUGAAGAAGGAAUUGGCAUACAAGGUAUUCAAGGUCCUCGCGGGGAGCCAGGAGAGAAGGGAAAUAUUGGCUUUACUGGACCAGUUGGCCCAAAGGGUGAUCGUGGAGAGCAGGGUAUCCAAGGAAUCAUCGGACCUCGGGGAAAGAAAGGAUUCAAAGGAGAGCAAGGAGACAAGGGAGAACAAGGAGAGGUGGGACCAGUAGGACCGCGAGGACCCACAGGACUGACAGGACCAUUGGGGUUAAAAGGAGAUGAGGGUCCAAGAGGAGUCCCUGGAGAUCCUGCCAAGGGUAUAAUUGGCCCAACUGGAAAAAAGGGUGCUAGGGGAGACAUUGGUCCUGUUGGCCCCACAGGACCCCAAGGAAUAAAGGGUGAACAAGGAGACAAAGGAGAAAAGGGCAGUCCUGGUUUUGGGAUUCCAGGACAGCGGGGACCAAAGGGAGAAAAUGGCGAGAGGGGAAAUGUUGGUUUGUCUGGAAAACCAGGACCUAAAGGGCACGACGGCUCUAAAGGUGACAAAGGAAAUUUCGGGUUACCCGGCAAUCCUGGAGAACCAGGACUAAGAGGUAAAGAUGGAGCACUUGGAUCGAAAGGAGACCCAGGAAUUAAGGGUGAACAAGGACCAUCUGGAGAGCCUGGUGACAGAGGAAUUAGGGGUCCACUUGGGUUACCAGGGCGACCAGGGGACCCAGGAGAGAAAGGAGAUACUGGCAAGCCUGGCACAGGUGUUGAUGGCAAGAAAGGUGACAAAGGGGAGCCGGGAAAACCUGGACCUCCGGGAACACAAAUUGUUGGAGAGAACAACGCGCUGACCAGAGUGAUUAAGGGUGACCAAGGAGAGCCUGGUGAGCCUGGUUUGAGAGGAGAAACAGGUCUGCCUGGACCAAGAGGUCCAGAUGGGAAACCUGGAUUACCAGGAACAUCUCUGGCUGGUUCUGGACUUGAUGGUUUACCUGGAAAACCAGGAAUGAAGGGUGACCAGGGACAGAAAGGAGAGCUUGGUCUGAAGGGAGAUAAAGGAGACCAAGGCCGUGUUGGGAUUUCUGGAAUGCCUGGUUUACCAGGAACUCCAGGGAGACCUGGCAUUGAUGGGAAGAGGGGCCUGCCAGCAAAAGAUGGGGAAAUAGGACCAAAAGGAGAUGAUGGCGAAAAGGGGGAAAAGGGAGAUUCGGGUGCAAAUGGUAAAGAUGGCAGUAAGGGGGAACCAGGACCUCCAGGUCUGCCUGGUAAGCAGGUGCUUGUCACUUCAGAGGGCGCCACCGUUGACGAAAUCCGACAAGCAUUUCCAAUCCCAAUGGGUCCUCCAGGAGCUACUGGUUCACCGGGAAUGAAGGGUGAUAAAGGAGAAACAGGUCUGAAAGGAGACAAGGGUGAUGCUGGAGCUCCUGGUAAAUCUAUCCAGAUGAAGGACAUUGAAGUGAUGUUUGAAGCCUAUGGCAUAAGGCUGCCUUUGUUGAAGACUUUGAUUGACAGGCUGCUACAGGAGGGAAUAGAGGAGCUGCUCCAUGUGCUGGGCACCUCCAAGAAAAUAAAAGAAAACGCAGAAAAACACACCUCCAACGUCAUCGCUGAGUACACAAGUUCAGUGAAGUUUGACCUCACCAGCCAGCCGCUGACAGAGUUGGACACCAUUGAGGACCGUGAUUUACAUGGACAGCUUCCAGAGUCUUUGUCAGUCGACCUUUUAAAUGAAACGGUAGAGGGUCCUACUUUAUGGUCUGUCACCACACUGAACGGAGAGCAGGAGCUGGACAGGACUGAGACCAAGUUAAAGGGAUCCACAGAGAAGGAGGUGGUAGAUGGGGACAGUGACGGAGCAUCUUCGCUCAGAGUUAAUCUGACUGUAGUCAAUUCUACUUUCAAUUAUACUAUGACCCAGGAGACGGUUUCAGGGUUACCAGAAACUGUGGUGGAGACUGUUCUCCUCAGCCAGGAGGACUCUCUGAAGAAGAGCUCAGGACAAAAGAAGAAGAACAAGGAACGUGCGAAGGGCAAAGGAAAUAAAGGACGACAUAAGAGGCAGAGACAACGCCUGACAAACGAAGAGGACAGGCACGACGAAGAGGAGUUUCAUAACGGUGAAGAAUACAGUUACGAAUACGAGGAAGAACUUUACCCAGAUGACCCCUCUGUCUCUCAGGAGAGGAGAAACAACAGACAGCUUGAAGUCCAAACAGAUGAAUUCCCCCAUCCAGUGAUUGAAAAGGAGGAACAAUUACCCACACACGUUCCUGCCCAGUUAGAAAUCUCCAGUCAUCCUUUAACGGUCUCCACAGACAGAGAAACAGAUACUACAGUUCAUGUUGUCCUGACGACCACAGAGCCUCCAUCUCAACCCAUGGGUGAUACAGAAAAGGAUGAAGAGUCACUGCCUACGCCUCCCGUCACAACAGAAGAAGCAGACAAGGUUCUUCAAUCCCGAAUCAGGGUGAAGAAAAGCGCCCUCUGGCCUGAUUCUAUGGUGUUCAUGCCAGGUGCACAAGGUGGAAGAAACCGUUUCAAGGAGGCACAAAAACAUCUGUCCUCUGGAGCUCAAGGUUACAACAGCUGGAAUAGGAAGAAGCAAGACGACCCUGACCUUCAAACACAUACAAUGAGGCGGAGGCAAGAAAGAAGGGAGAAAGAGCGAUACAGUGAUACAGAAAGAGAGAUUCAUACAGAAACACAAGAUGGAGGAGAGGAGCCGACUAAAGCUGAAAAAGUGGAGGAGUGGGAAAUGAAACAAGAGAAAGAAGUAGAGACAGAUACAGGUCCUGAUCCAGCCUACGAAGAGGAGGAGAGGAGUGGAGACUACGACUGGGAGACAGAGGAGGACGUCGAUCGAGAGCGAGAAGGAGAGGAGGACGACCUG